AUGAGUCUCAAUUAUUUUCGGUCCUUGGGGGGCUGUCAGCCGCCCCAAAACGCUUGGGGCCGGCUAGCAGCGAAACCCUCAAUGCUAGCUGUUAAUACUGCUCUGGGCCUGUUUCUGGGCGUGGGCCUGCUGUAUAUUGCAAAGUCUUAUCUGCCUUCGAGCAAGACCUUCAAGGAGGAGGCCGCAGCGGCGGCUGACAAUGAUCACCCUGUGCUCAAGAACCAUUCAAGUGUCCGGUCAUAUAAAACAAAGCACGCCGAAUACCCCUCGAUAAGGACCUUCUAUCACCCUCAUGCUCAUGCCGAGAAACUCCAGGCUAUCGCAGAUCUACCUUUACUAGUUUUCAUACACGGGUUAGGUGGUUCUCUACCUCAAUUUGCGCCGCUGCUGGGGAGCCUGGUCAAUAUAGCGCCAUGCUUUGGCAUUGAUUUACCCGGCCAUGGCAUGUCCUCCUUCUCCCCCAAGGACUAUGACGCCUAUACCAUUGAAGCUUUCUGUGACCUUUGGCAGACGGCCAUUCAAGGUAUUUGCGAACAGCACGGGCACAAGAAAGUGGUGUUCAUCUGCCACAGUAUGGGUUGCUCUAUCGCCGCAAUCUUAGCGACGUCGCCAUCAUUCCCGUUGCGUAUAGAAGGAUUUGUUGGCAUAUGCCCCAAAGCUACGCCGCCCUCACCGUCCGAGACGGCAUCGGCGAGGCGAUUCCUAGCGCUCCCUGAUGUGGCGCUCAAUAUAUUGAGGGUCUUAGACCGCAGAGGCGGCGUCAAAUCCAGAAGUGUGGAGAGGAUGGCAGGCAAGGCUGCCGGGAUAGACCUUCGCCGCCUCCAGUUGGCAUUUAACAAGGGCUUCAAAACACCAGUGUGGAAGCGCUCUGCGUUGGGCUGCCUGCCGCAAUACGACCCUUCAGGAAGGGCCAUGGGUGGCUUGCCCGGAAAAGACACCUGGGAAAGAAUCCAUGUACCUCUGUUCCUCAUUGCAGGAGAGGCAGACGCUGUGACCAAGCCAGCGGAGGUUACAAAGAUUGUUUCUUUCCUGAAGAAGCUCGCGGUUGGGGAGGAGAUCAAUGGAAGCCCUGGAAGCAAACCGCUUCCUACCGACGGCCCUGCUCCAGAGCAAGAGACAUCGGACGCCUCAGCUGUCGACCAAAGCAGCCCGACUGCGGAUGAACGCAAGUUCGGCACCCUGCCAUCAACAAGCGAGAUGUCCAGCCACAACUCAAAGAUUGUCAAAACUGCGAUCCUGCCAUCCCCUGCGGCCCACGCGCUGAUGUACGACCACUCCACCUACCGCACGGUUGCCGGCCUGAUCGAAGACUUCCUCGCACGCUAUGUGUCUCCCGAACUCUCACUGGGGUGGCAACUCCAGCAACUCACCACGUCGGGAAAAUGGGACGUGAAGAACCUGGAGAAGUGGAAGAAGGUCCUGCCCGUCUCUGGACCCAUCGGCCACCCGCCAGAAUCGGGCAUCUUCCGCGCCAUGAAGACGCUGAGAGAGCAGGACGAAAUCCACACGCCGUCAGUGUUCGUCAAGAAGUGGAGUGACCAGAUCUUCGCCGUCAUCGAUAUCUCCCACGACUCCCCCGUCUACGAGACCCAGGCCCUCGAGCGCGGCGGCAUCCAAUACCACAAGUUCCCGACCGUGAGCAAGGUGCCGCCCACGGUCGUCGAGGUCGCCGAUUUCAUCGCCCUGGUCGACCGCCUGCGCCUCGAGGAGCCGCACACCGUCCAGGGGAAGACCAUCGGCGUCCACUGCCACUACGGCUACAACCGCACGGGCUUCUUCAUCUGCUGCUACCUGAUCGAGAAAUUGGGCUACCGGCCACAAGACGCGAUCGAGGAGUUUGCCGCCCAGAAACCGCCGGGCAUCAAACACGACCACUUCAUCGAUACAUUGUUUAUGCGCUAUCACGUGGGCUUGAAGAAAGCGCCCACAUUCAUCGACUCCAGGAACGGUUCGGUAUCCGGGGUGGAGUCCGUGCAGUCCAUAGAUUCAUAG